GAAGAAAUGCACAGCAGCGGGCAGCAAUCGCCAAUUGGAAAGGUCGGCGCUAGUAUCCACCGACUCCCCGAUCCGACCUACGGGACCCCUAGCUGUCCAAAUUCUCGGGGGACCGUCGCCGAGGUGAGGUAAUGGGAGCUGCCCCGAGCUUCCAAAAAGUGUUCCGGUCAUCGAACCACUUUCAACUCCAAACUGACCAAGUAGCUCACGACAGCUCUCAACGGCUCCCUCGCCCACAAUCUCUCAUCUCCCGACGACAUCCAACGGCAUGCCACCAAUCCAAAGACCAUAAACGAAACAAAUCAGCACAAUGAAAGCCCUCACAACCCUCCCGGCGGCCCAAACCGCCGCGCCCUCCCCGCCAUCUGCGCCGCCUGCACAUCAACGACACCCUCCUCCUCCUCCACACUCGCGCCGCCCCUUCUCCGUCCUAAACCGCCCACCGCCAAACUACCCAGGCCACGUCCUCACCAAAAUCGAACGCGCCGCCCUCGGCCUCGGCGCGAGACCACCGCGACGCCCCUUCAUCUACCGCCUCCGCGACGCAAUGCUCUCCGACCCGACGGGCCGCCGCAUCCUCCGCGACCGGCCGCGCAUCACGUCCACCUCGCUCAACCUGUCCCGCCUGCGCGCCAUGCCGGACAACAGCGUCGGGCGCGCCUACGUCGCCUGGCUGGACGCCGAGGGCGUGAGCCCGGACACGCGGCCCGCGGUGCGGUACAUCGACGACCCGGAGUGCGCGUACGUGAUGCAGCGGUACCGCGAGUGUCACGACUUCUUCCACGCGCUGACGGGGCUGCCGAUUGUGAGGGAGGGCGAGGUGGCGCUCAAGGCGUUCGAGUUCGCCAACACGCUGAUCCCGAUGACGGGGUUCGCGGUGCUGAGUUACGCGACGAUGAAGGCGGGCGAGAGGAAGCGGUUCAGGGAGAUUUAUGGGCCGUGGGCGGUGAAGAAUGGGAUGAAGGCCAAGGAGGUGAUUAAUGUGUAUUGGGAGGAGCAGCUGGAGAGGGACGUGGAUGAGUUGAGGGCAGAGUUGGGGAUUGAGAGGCCGCCUAAUAUGAGGGAGAUUCGGAAGAAGGAGAGGGAGGAGAGGAGGAGGGCGCAGGAGGCUUUGAAGGGGGUUUGA